UGUGUGGUGCUUGGAUUAUUAAGUAAGGCAUACUUUUUUUGUUCAGCAAGUCAACGGAUAGGGGCGGUAUUCUGUAGCACGUCUCUCCACGAGAACUGUUGUACAUUGUAAUUUACUGAAGGAAAUUGCUUGGCAUCUUACAUAGCAAUUUGGAUGUAUCAGCUAAUACAUAUCUGAUCUGCAUCUUCUUAAGAAUAAGACUUAAAAAGUAGUAAUUCAUUCUUUUCACGAGCUCGUGCUGCACUAUAAAAUCCUGGCCAGGCCUCAAGUGCAUUUGUAACAAAGACAAUCUUUGUACGUGCCUGUACUCGAGCAAAUCAAGAUUACUCGCAGACAACUACGCAAAUUGUUGGUUUUCCGGUAAGAUUGGUAUUCUGAUUCUGCUCAACAACAUAUACUAAGAUGUCUGAGGACAAAGGACUGACUACUCGUAUUGAUCGAAAGCUUUCUGGGCUGUCAAAUUCAUUUAGCAAGCAACGGAUUUUCAGAGUCCAUCAUAAACUUCGUAGCCAAAAUGAAGUGGCGUACGAACCACAGAUGUUCUCUAUCGGGCCUUAUCAUCACGGUAAGGAAAACUUGGUAAAAGCGCAGACGUAUAAGCUGUGGUACUUGAAAGAGCUUCUCCUUCGAAGAGGCGAGUCAAGUACCGAGAGAUACAUCAAUGCCUUAAAAGACCUUGAAGAUGAAGCUCGAAUUUGGUAUGCAGAAGAAGAUAUGAUUGGUCUUGGUAGUGAUGAAUUUGUGGAAAUGAUGCUACUUGACGGGUUCUUUAUCAUUGAGCUUUUGAGGAAAUAUGCUGGUUGGUGCCAGUACAAAGAGUAUCCCCUUAAUUAUGCCCCAAAACAAGGUGAUCCCAUCAUCCUGAAUCGUAGGAUAAUAGGAUGUCUGUUCAGGGACAUACUAUUGUUUGAAAAUCAACUGCCUUUCUUCAUCCUGGUUCGUCUGUUUGAAAUGACUAAGUCACCUGGAGGAGCUGAGGAGGAGAACCUCGUUGAUCUUGCCAUUUUCCCUCAUUCACCUCUGCAUUUCUUUUUCCCAGGUGAGAAACCUGUAUCAUUACCGAAUCCUACCACAAACAUUGCUGGAAAUGUUGGAGAUGUCGUUCAUCUUCUUCACCUGGUGCACGAGUGCUGGUGUUGGUCAUUUGCUGGAAAACUAGCAGGUGGUAAUCGUAGCCCAGAUAACGGGGAUCCACAAGGCUUUCAUUCUACAAGAGGCGGGUGGUUGAAGCUAAUGAAAAAAUCCUCAAUCAAGCUACAUAAAAUUUCUGGCAGCGCAUGUUGGCCAUUUGCUGCAAAACCCGCAGCUGAUAAUCGAAGCCUAGAAAACGGGCAUCCACAUGACAUUUAUUCCACAAGCGGCUGGGAUUUGGAGAAAGGUGUAUCCGCAACCCAGCUACACGAAAUUACUAGCAGCUUGCACUGUUUUUCAUUUGCUGCAAAACGAGUAGCUGAUCAUCAAAGCCAAGAGAAUGGGGAUUCGCAAGACAAUUGUUCCACAAGUGGCCAGGUGUACGAGCACAUAAAAUGCGCAAGCGAGCUGCGACAAGCCGGGAUAAAGUUUGAGACGGCUAACGAAAGUGUAUCGUGGCUGGAUAUUGCUUUUGAAAAGGGGGUAAUGAAAAUCCCGACUUUGGACGUUCAUGAUGUUACAGAAUGCGUCUUCAGAAACUUAAUUGGGUUUGAACUUUACAUGAUUAAUGGACUGAAUGAUAGAAGAUAUGUAAUCGAUUAUAUCACGUUCAUGGAUAGUCUCAUUGAUUCCUCAAGGGAUGUUGAAAAGCUUCGACACCAAAAAAUUAUAACCAAGUGGUUAGGUGAUGAUAAAGCGAUAUCUUCAGUGUUUAAUAGUCUUGUGAAGGAGGUCGAGACUGAUGCAGGCAACGAUUUCUUCUGUUACUCGAGAGUUUUCAAGCAAGUGAACGAGUAUUCUAGCCGGCGUUGGAACAUCUGGAGGGCUCAUCUGAUGAGGAAUUAUUUCAAUAACCCCUGGUCCAUCAUCUCAUUUGCAGCUGCUCUUGUGUUGCUCGUUCUGACGUUUGUGCAGACCAUAUUUUCGAUCCUACAAUUCGAAAGCGAGACCAGUUGUGCAUGUAAAGUGUCCUAAUAAAUAGGAAUUAUUUUGAAUUAUUUUGUGCGCUUUGUCUCAACUUUGUUCCCUCAUUCAUAGUCGAUGAUGUGCAAUUGAGUGGUAUAAUAUGCUCUUUGUGCCAAUUCAGGCUUUUUCAUUUAACUGGAAAAGACAUGUAAGAAUUUUGUAUAGUCA